ACACACAAAGAGGGGGGGAGAGGUCCCUUAUUUCUUCUAUACCUUAUAGUAGUAAUAGAGAGUGUGUAAUGAACUCACACAACACACACUCUGCUAAAUCCUAAUUAAGACUACACCUACCGAUCGAAUCUCCCAACUCAAAGAUGACGGGGAAAGAGUACUGUAGCCACCACAAGGACAGGCGGCGGAGGCAGGUCCGGCGUGCAUGUGCGUGUCUCCUCAUCUUCAAUUUUAUCGUGCUGCUCCUCAUCCUGCUGGUGUGGGCAAUCUUGCAGCCCAAAAAUCCUCGUUUCGUUCUCCAAGACGCCACUGUCUACGCCUUCAACGUCUCGUCCAACACCUUCCUCACCACCAACUUCCAAGUCACCAUCUCCUCCCGAAAUCCUAACGACAAAAUUGGCAUAUACUACGAUAGACUCCAUGUGUACGCCACAUAUCGUAGCCAACAAAUCACAUACUACACUUCCAUACCACCCACUUACCAAGGCCACAAAGAUGUUAACGUUUGGUCGCCUUUUAUUUUCGGCAACAACGUUCCGGUGGCUCCCUAUAACGGCAUCUCUUUGACCUCCGAUGCUGCUGCCGGGGCCGUAUCGUUGACCAUCAAGAUCGAUGGAAGGGUCCGGUGGAAAGUUGGAACCUUCACUUCUGGCCGCUAUCAUCUACACGUUAGGUGUCCCACCUAUAUUCCCUUCGCUGGCCCCCGGACUACCGGAGUAGUCAUCGGUAACGCCAUUAAGUACCAGCUCACCCAGAGGUGCAGGGUGAAUGUGUGAUCCGCAGCUUAAUUAAGUAUGGCUGCUUCUUUUCUUUUUCUUUUUUCUUUCUUCUUUUUCUCUCUCUCUCUCUCUCUCUCUCUCUCUCUCUCUCUCUAUGUAUAAGCUGGUUUUCUUAAUUAUUUUUAGUUUUUGUGGUCUUACAGUAUCGUACAUCUGGCUAGUGUUGAAUAAAAAGGAAAAGAGACCAUUAAUGAUCGA